GUGUGUAGUGUGUGUUUUGGUGGGUGGUGGGGUCAUUUCUUUUGUCAGCACAAGAAAAAUCCAUUCUUUUUUUAUCUUCACUCCUCUCUCAGUCACUGCCCUCGGCACUCUGUUUCCCGCUUCUUCUUGAAUUUGACCAUUUUGUUUCUUCCUCUCUGGGGAGGGUGUGGUGUAAAGCAAAGAGAGAAGGGAUAGGGAGAUAGAUAGGCGUAUACAUAAAAACAAGAGAUGGGGGAGGGGUUUGAGAUUUCUGCAAAAGAGAGCAAUCAAGAAGAAGGGGAAGUGAUGGAUACUCCCGAGAGGAGCAAGAACAACCAGAUCGCAGCUUCUAUAAGCAAAUUUGAGGACUCCCCUGUCUUUAACUUUCUCAACAGUCUUUCCCCCAUCAAGCCAGUUAAAUCCAUACACAUCACUCAGACGAUCAAUCCUCUUAGUUUUGCAACUCUUCCAUCUGUUUUCACUUCACCCCAUGUUAGUUCUCUCAGGGAAUCUAGAUUUCUUCGAAGGCAUCAGCUUUCAGAUCCAUCAAAACCCGAGUUUUCUUCUGAUGAACGGAGCACAAUUGAUACAAAUAAGGUAAAUAUUGAGUCUAGUAAACAAUCGGAUGAAGAGCGGGAAAAUCUCAACCAAAGGGUAUCUGAUGGUGAAGUGGCUGGUGGGCCAUCUUAUGAUUGCUCAAAGCUUGUAGUUGAGUCUGCAGAAGAUCCGAGUUAUGAUUUUAAUAGUCCCAACUCCGGCUUAAGACCUAGCUGUGGUCUUAAAGCCAAACACAUGGCGGAUUAUGCGUGCAACAGUUCAACACUUGUGCCAUUUGUACAAGAGGCCUCUCAAAGGGGUUCAUAUGGAAGUGAAGUGAAUAUUGAGGGGGUAAGCCAGGUUGAUCAAGAUAAAGAUGUCUCAUCGUGUGACUGGGAGAACUUGAUUUCUGAUGCCUCCAAUCUGUUAAUUUUUGAAUCACCAAAUGGUACAGAUUCUUACAAGAAAUCAACUGAUCCUGGGACGAGUUUCUACGCAAGUAUACCGAAUGACAUGCAGAAUAUGCACUCUCUUUGUGCAGCGGGUCCUGGUGAGCAAGCUGGAGAGGGAGGUGAACCAGAGCACUUGUCCACCCAGCCUGGAGAAGGAAGUGAGAUAACAGAAAUUGCUGAUAGCCAUGACAUAAUUGCUGGUUCUUCGAAAAUGGAUUAUGAGCAUCUUUCUGGUCUUUACCGCGGUAUGAGAAGACGCUGUCUUGUCUUUGAGAUGGCAGGAGGCCGCAGAAAGCAUAUGGAUGAGAAUUCAGGCUCUGAUUCUUCUGCAAUGCUGCAAUCUGAUGGCAGCACUUCCUCCAAUGACCAGAAACUACUUCCCAUGAGAACAGGAAAUGAUUCUUCACGUCGUGUUUUGCCUGGCAUUGGCUUACACUUGAAUGCUCUUGCAACAACUCCUAAGGACUACAAAAUUGUCAACCAUGAUUCGUCAGCUUCUGGAAGACUAUUGAUUGGACCUAGCACAUCGGUCAAUUUCCAUCCUUCAACUACUGGUCAAGAACUGUUGAACAACAUUUUAUCUGUUGCCCCAUCGGACAGAGAAAUUGAUGGCAUUGAUAAUGCUCUUCUGCCCGUUGAAGAUUGCCAGGCAUCGGGAUAUAUGGCGAAUGAAGAGAUCAAUCAGAAUAGUCCAAAGAAGAAGAGGCGUAGGGUGGAACAAUCUGGGGAGGGUGAAGCCUGUAAGCGGUGUAACUGCAAGAAAUCAAAAUGCCUAAAACUUUACUGUGAGUGCUUUGCUGCUGGGGUGUACUGUGUGGAGCCGUGCGCCUGUAUAGAUUGCUUCAACAAACCCAUCCAUGAAGACACUGUCCUCGCAACACGCAAACAGAUAGAGUCAAGAAAUCCUCUUGCUUUUGCUCCCAAAGUGAUCAGGGGCCCUGAUUCUCUAUCAGAAACUGGGGACGACUCCAGCAAAACUCCUGCUUCCGCUCGGCAUAAAAGAGGAUGCAAUUGCAAGAAAUCUGGUUGCCUCAAGAAAUACUGUGAAUGCUAUCAGGGUGGUGUUGGCUGCUCCAUUAACUGCCGAUGUGAAGGGUGUAAAAAUGCAUUUGGUAGAAAGGAUGGAUCGGGUGUAAUAAGCACGGAAGUGGAAGUCGAGGAAGAUGAAACAGAUAUGCCAGAAAAGAGCAUGCUGGACCCAAGUUUCCAGAACACUGCAGUCGAAAAUGACCUGGAGCAGAACAUUGAUUCUGCGCCUCCGGCAACACCUUUACGGGCUGGAAGGCAAUCAGUUCAGCUCCCAUUUUCCUCAAAGAAGAAACCACCAAGGUCCUCUUUUCCUUCUAUCGGCUCCUCAUCCGGUAUCUAUGCUGGCCAAGGUUUCGGCAAGCCAAGAUUCUUGCCACCACCACCCAAGUUUGAUAAGCAUUUUGAAACUGUUAGAGAAGAAGAAAUGCCCGACUUUCUUCAGGGAGGAUCACCAGUCAGUGGCAUCAAAUCAUUGUCUCCUAAUGGGAAGAGAGUUUCUCCUCCUCAUGGUGUUGUGGGUACGUCCCCCGGUCUCCGGAGCAGCAGAAAACUGAUACUUCAAUCGAUACCGUCUUUCCCUUCUCUCACCCCAAAUCAGUGAACCGAUCUUUUCCGCGCGGUGAGCUUCUUGAUGUGGCCCUUGUAGUUAUGUAAGAUAUAUGUUGUGUUAGUCUAUGCUUCCUUGAGUUUUGCCCUUCUAAUUCUUGUAUAAU